UGCAAUUAGAUCUCGAGGUAAAUGACGUUCGCUUUAUAGGGAUAUGGCGGAUGGAGAGAAAAAUUGGUUUGGUUUGGGGAGUAGAAUUAUCAUCACAAGCAGAAAUGAACGUCUACUAGUUCAACAUGGUAUAGCGAUACCAUAUAAGGUCAAGGUAUUAAAUAAUGAUGAAGCUCUUGAGCUCUUCAGUCAAAAAGCCUUUAGGAAAAGUCAGCCUGAGGAAGGUUUUCUGGAAUUGUCCAAGUGUUUCCUACAUUAUUCCAAAGGCCUUCCAUUAGCCCUUAAAACUUUGGGAUCUUUCUUGAAUAUGAGAGAUCAAGAUGCAUGGAAUAGUGUAUUGGAUAAUCUAAAGAAAAUUCCUAAUCCAACAGUUUUUGAUUCACUCAAAAUUAGUUAUGAUGGACGAGAAGAGAUGGAGAAGAUAAUUUUUCUUGAUGUUGCAUGUUUCCAUAAAGGGAAGCAUAAAGAGACAGUAAUUGAAAUACUAGAAAGUGUCUGUGACAUUUCCAGCCGUAUUGGAAUCGAUAUUCUUAUUGAGAAAUCCCUCUUAACCAUUGAGAGACCCUAUUUUGACUACAACAUUAUUAAUAUGCAUGAUUUGAUACAAGAAAUGGCAUGGGAGAUUGUUCGUAAAAAGCUUGAUCAACGCAAUCGUUUGUGGCUUCACGACGAUGUCUCUCGUGUAUUCAUGAACAAUACGGAAACAAGAGCAAUUGAAGCCAGAGUCUUACGUUUGCCCAAAUUAGAAGUGGUGCACUAAUUGUACUAAAGCAAUCUCUAAGAUGCCCAAAUUAAGGCUACUGGAAUUUGAUAACGUGAUGCUUUCUUCAGGCCCCAAAGUACUUCCAAGUUCCUUAAGAAUUAUCCAUUGGAGCUGGUAUCCUUCAAAAUCACUCCCACCAAGUUUUUGUUGAAGUUUUGUAUUCUGAGUGUGUGUGUUUGUUUGAUUACAGAAGAAGAAGGAGAGGAAAAUUGGAUAUCUAUUUGUUCAUAUUCUACUAAUUAGCAGAGAGAGUGUUCUCUGCUUUAUUUAUCAUUCACACUUGCUCUGUGCAUAUAUCUCACCGUUAUGCACAGUAGCUCAUUACAUCAAAACUGUAGAAAUGAUCUCAGCCAUUCAUCAUGCUAAACUAAUGGAUCACUCUCCACAUGUCAC